UUGAAAAACAAGAACAUAAAAACCCAUUUUGUCUGUUUUACUUGAUAGAGAAAAUAUAUUUAUCUCUGCCUCCUGUGGUUGAUCUUGUGAUCAAAACGUUGAAAUAUAUUCAUCAAUCACAGUGGUUAUUCGAUAAAUUAUAUUUUCAUUUCUAUUAACCAGAAGCUUUAUCAUCAUAUAUGUAAAUACAGACAUAUUUAUAGAUUGAAACACAAAAUAUAGCCAAGAAACUAAUAUAAUCAUGGGGAAGGAUCAUGAUCUCGAAGCAGGGAAGCAUUAUCCAUCACAAAUGGAAGAUCCUCAGCUACGUUGGGGUUUCAUUCGAAAAGUUUAUUCGAUCUUGACAUUACAAUUGCUUUUAACAGUUCUCAUUGCUAGUAUAGUUGUUCUAACCCCACGAAUCAACCAGUUUUUCCGUACCCAAACGGGUCUAAUUGUAUACCUCAUCAUUGCCAUUAUUACGAUGAUAGUUCUCUUAGUGAUGCAACUCUUUAUGAAUCGUCACCCACACAAUAUCGUCAUGUUGGGCUUGUUUACUGUGAUGUUUUCUGUUAUGGUGGGCGUUUCUUGUGUCUUUUCGAAAGGGAAAAUCAUAAUGGAGGCCAGUCUUCUAACCUCUGUGAUGGUGGUCAGCCUCACCCUCUUCACUUUCUGGGCAGCUAAACGAGGAUACGAUUUCAACUUCCUGUGGCCAUUUUUGUUCUGCACACUUAUUUUGGUUUUAAUUUUCAGUAUUAUUCAGAUAUUUUUCCCGAUGGGAAGCUUGGUGAGGAUGAUAAUCUCUUUUGUGGUGGCACUUCUAUACUGUGGAUUCAUCAUAUACGAUACAGAUAAUCUGAUUAAACGCUGCAGCUACGAUGAAUAUAUCCUUGCUGCAACCAUGCUUUAUAUCGACAUGGUACAAUUGUUUCUGACAAUGCUUAGUAUUUUGGGAAUCAUCGAUGAUUAGGGAGGCGGUAGGGUUUGACCCUUGACACAUAAUUUGAAUAUAAACUAGGGUUAAGGGUACUACGGAUUUUAAGAACAUUGUGAAGAGAGAUUUAUCGCAUUCAACAAUUUGAUACGUACUCCAUUCGUUGCAAAGGGUCUACAGUUAGUUGAAGAGGAUCCCAAUAUGUACAGAUACAUACAUAAAUAUCUCUUAUAGUUUUUUUACAUUGUUGUGCCUUGUGGGGUAUAUAUGUAUGAUAUAUGAGAUUAAACUCUAUACAAAUCGCACCAUUAAUUUUAUCUAAAAGCAAGCUAAAGAAGCUACCAAACUUAUUUCUCAGUUCUUGGUUGCCC